CCGCCAUUUUCUCCUUCUAAUCUUCAACUCAUUUCUACUAUUAGUGGCUCAAUGCAUAGAACUUUCAAGCAUUUUUGAUAUGGUGAAGUGUGUUGAGACAGAAGAUGUGUUCUUUGAAUCCUUGGAUAAUAUAUCAAAUGAACAUGAUUUUUCUGUUAACGGGGUUUUAGGGUAUGAUUUUUGGAGGAAUGAACCUAAAAGUAUUAAGGAAAGGCGCCAUGUUUUCUUACAUGAAAUGGGUUUUAUUGAUUCUUGUUCAUCAUUUGAGUCAAAUGACCAUGAUGAUGAUGAUCAUCAUGAUGUUUAUGGUGAUGUUCAUCAUGAUGAUGGGUUGGAAAAGAUGGUAGAAAGAAGUCACAAUGUUUGGAGUUCAUUUUCUUCAUCUUCCACUGAUAGUCAAGAGGAAACAAUGGUGUUUUAUGGAAGGGAAUACAAUGGGGAUGUUAAUUUCCAUGAUAAUCAUCAUCAUGUAAGACAAAAUAUGGGGUUUUAUGAUGAUGAUGAACCAUCAACCUCUAAUAGUAAUAAAUCCAUAAACAAGAAAAUUAGGCAAUGGUGGAAGGAAAUGAUGUUGAAGAAGUAUAAAUACAAGCAAAAAAACACCAAAAAAUUUGAGAUGAGUAAAAUCAAGACUCAUGUAAAUAAAAAGAAGUUUAAGGAAUUAAGUGCAUUAUUUGAAAUACAAGAAAUUCAAGCUCAUAAAGGCAUCAUUUGGACUAUGAAAUUCAGUCCAGAUGGAAAGUAUCUUGCUACUGGUGGUGAAGAUGGUGUUGUUAGAGUUUGGCAUGUUAAGUCUAUAGAUUCAUCCUUACAGAAGUUUCUAGAAGAAUCAACAGCCAGUUCUAGAAUGGAUCAAGACAACAAAGUACCCAUUUUUAUUCCUGACAAACUGUUCAGAAUUGAGGGAUUUCCGGUACAUGAAUUUCAUGGUCAUUCAGCAGAUGUCUUAGACAUAGCUUGGUCCAAAUCCAAUUUUCUUUUGUCUUCAUCAAUGGAUAAAACUGUUAGAUUGUGGAAAAUGGGAUCAAAUGAAUCUGUCACUACUUUCCAACAUACUGAUUAUGUGACAUGUGUGCAAUUCAAUCCCGAAGAUGAUCGCUACUUUAUCAGUGGCUCAAUCGAUGGGAAAGUUCGUAUUUGGGGCUUGUCGAAUCAUCGAGUUAUCGACUGGUUUGAUGUCAAAGAAGCUGUCACUGCUGCAUGCUACCAACCUGAUGGACAAGCAUUUGUUGUGGGAUCAUUGAAUGGAAACUGCCUUUUUUAUGAGACAAAAGGAAAAUUAUUUGAACUCAAUGCCUGUAUUCGAUUUCGAAGCAGAAAAACUUCAUCUACAAAUAGAAUUACAGGAAUACAGUUUACCCCAGAGGACUCUUCGAAAGUAAUCGUCAUGUCAGAAGAUUCGAAACUUCGUAUUAUUGACAAGAUGGAAGUUGUCCAUAAAUUCCGAGGUCUUUCCAAGUCAGGUUGUCAAAUGUCAGCUUCAUUUACAUCAAAUGGAAGACAUAUAGUAUCAAUCGGACAAGAUUCACGCAUAUAUAUAUGGAAUCAUGAAAACCCGAUUGAGCCAUCUUCAAGACAAACGAGUUCCAAUCGUUCUUGCGAACAUUUUUACUGUGAAGGUGUGUCUGUUGCAUUGCCUUGGUGUGAUUCUGAAACAGCAUCAAAUAACGAGCUUGAAUCUGCCUGCAUAGCUCAGGACACUACGAAACAGUCUCUUAGUAAGAUGUUCUCGUCUAAGAGAACUGCGACAUGGCCUGAGGACACACUUCCGAUGUUCACUACACCGGAUGAUCAGUGCCAAGGGCGCACCAAUGUUGCUCAUUGUUCGACAUGGGGACUAGUUAUGGUCACCGCUAGUUUCGAUGGGAAGAUCAGAACCUAUCACAAUUAUGGUUUUCCUAUUAGAGUAUAGAAAUACCUUUAGAUGGCUCAAUCAAUGGCUCAUAUUUGGACGAUGUUUGGAAGGACAAAUGCACACAAUUUAUCCUUCAAUAUAAAAAGGUUCUUUCCGAUUUAUUUUUGAUAGCAAACAAAGUAAAAAAAGUUGUAGUUCAUAUAUAUAUAUAUAUAUUCUUUUGUAGCGUGUUAGUUAUCGUUUGCAAAUAUGGUAUAGUGAAGUUUAUCGGAGGGUACAUUUGUGGAUUGGCGGUGUGUUUCUCUCCGAUUUAGCUGUGUAUUUAUGAGUAGUACAGUCUUGUAGCUCUGUAAAUUUUGGUCUAAAGUAAACAUUCAAGUGUCUUAUUUGAAGUAUUUGAGUGUUGAUGAUCUAAUUCGACAUGCAAUUGAUUUGAAUGCUAUACUUACGCCUAUAAAACAUGUAACGUUGUAAGAAAAAUACACCUGAUAAGCCCCUGAAAGUCCUAAAGCAGAGCCAAAACAGCCCACAUCCGUUGGACA